AUGACUGCUCGGUUCGUCCUUUUCGCUCUCGCGGCAUUCCCACUCGUGUCUGCACGAAGCUCGUUCUUGCAGCAGACAGGCACCAGCACAUGGGUCAUCGGCAACGAUAUCUGGAACAUUACUCAAGGACCAAUCUAUGGCACGAAGCUCUACUACCAAGACAAAGAUGCCAUAGGCGAGGCUGCUGGUCACUACGUAGGAGCGGAUGGCGAAAACAACCUUGUGUGGAAGUCAGCGAGCAUUGUAAAUGAGGGUGACAACUUUAUCGAUGUGGGCUUUGUGUCUGACCAGGGCGACUUCCAUUGGGUCAUCUAUGAUGAUCUUGCUGGCUCGUACCAAUACUUUGUCAACCGGGCCUUGGGUGAUGUCAGCAUUCUCCGCUCCCUCUUCCGACUGGACCCUGGCAGGUUUCCGAAUGGUCGGACUUAUCUCAAAGAUGAACCUUUGCCUUCUUUCCAGGCCAUCAAGGAUGCUACCAAGGUGCAGGAUGAGACUUUCGAGACGGCUAACGGGACAUACAUCACAAAGUACGAUUGGUCGAAUUAUGUCAGAGAGCGUGACUUUAACGGAGUCUAUGGACCAUCGACCGGGUCGUGGUAUAUCCAUCCAAGCACGGACUACUUCAGUGGAGAUCACUUGAAGCAAACCUUGACUGUCCACCGUGAAAGCAGUACCGGUGAUGCAGUUCAGCUCAACGUUGUACAAGACACGUCUCACUUCCAAACUCAAGUCACGACCACUCAGCCUGAUGGCAAGAUUUGGGGACCAUGGUUGUGGUAUCUAAACGACGGCAGUGCCUCUGACGCUGCGAGUAAGUAUCAAGAGGAGUUAUCAAAGUGGCCGUAUCCAUGGGUGAAUGAUACGGCUUACCAUUCUCGAGGCUCUGUCACCGGAUCUUUAAAGUUGUCUGAUGGCAGAGUUGCUGCUGGCGCCGCUGUGUUCCUCGGGGAUUCUGACAUCAAAGCGCCCUUAGCUCAAGGAGUCAACUACUAUUAUACAACACAUACCGACGCCUCUGGAAAGUUCAGCUUCGCCAGUGUGCGUACUGGCCAGUACGGCUUGUAUGCUUGGUCCAAUGGUGGUAAGAUUAGUGACGUCUACACCAAUUACACAAAGUCGGGGGUCGAAGUCAAGGACGAUCUCGACUUGUCAACACUCAUCUGGUCUGUUCCGAGCAACAAACGCAUCUUUCAAAUCGGAAACUUCGACAAAAGGACUACUGGUUUUGUGAAUAACGGACCUUAUCAACAUGGUCUCGCUGCCGCCUCGCCAGCUAACUUCACUUUCACUGUCGGCACUUCGACGUCUGCAGACUGGUAUUACGCAUCAUCGAAUCUGGGCACUUGGGACAUUGUGUUCAAUACUCCUGCCCUAGAGAAGCAAAACGCUCGUCUGAUUGUGUCGUUGGCCGGCUAUUCACAGAGCACCAGUCUGACAAUCUCAUCCAAUGAUGUUGUCCUUGGAAGCUUGAACAAGAAUAAUGUCACGACUGAUGCGGCAGCUUACAGAUCGGGUACUGUCAGUGGAGAAUGGCAUCAAUUCGAGUAUGUAAUCGGAAACUUGAAGGAAGGAAAAAACGUCAUCAGCUUCACAGUUGACAGAUAUGUAUUGUGGAGAGGCUUUCUUUGGGAUGCUAUCGCUCUUGAGUGGGCUUGA